CCUAAUGUAUUUUAAUAGAUAAACCUUUGAUUGUAACAUGGACGUAAUAUCGCUGUGGGCCAGCUCUAAGCUUUCCGACAUAUAUUCCUUUCCCGGCAUAAAUUCCUUUCCCGGCGUAUUCCCGAUCAAAAAUCAACCUCCCCCGUCACCGCCCCGAAAAUCCACCGCCAGCCCCCUACCCCCAAAACUUACGCCAAGGCCCACAGAGAAGCCGGUGAAGGAAAUGGAGGUAUAGUUUUUGGUAUGUCUUUCUGUCUGUGUGUCUGUUUGUGUUUGUGUUUCCGCAAAUUUGUGGUCUCUGGAUGUAUUAGGAUGAUAUUUGGUAUGUUGGUAGAGGUUGGGAAGACUCGAUUUUGGCCCCCCUGGUAUGUGACCUUGGUACUGCAGCAGAACUUUUUUAGGUCUUCAGUCGGGUAACAAGUGCAAGGAGCCCCGGUAGAAAUCGGAUAGUAUCAGUAACCUCAUGUGUCUGAAAUGGCAAGAAUCAACUGGUAAACACAUCUUCUCCCCAUCUGGCCCGGUACCAAAACAUGUCAGAUGUCAGGCCCAGGUCAAGGCUCCAUGUUUACGUUCUUUGAUUGUCAGUUGCGGAAUAUCCUAUCAAAAUGAGGGUGGGGGUACCUAUGUGAGUCCAUUGAAAACUAACGAACACAUACUGAAUAAUACUCGCCAAAAACAAACUUUUACAAAUUAUUUAUCGUUAUCACCCCCUCCCAAAUACCGCAGCCCCCACUCUGAUGAUCCGCCCUUGCAAAAAAAAAGGUCCGUCAUUCUGUGCCCCCCACUGACCCUUUGAGACUCUCCAAGAGGUGAUGUUAUCCGACCCUGACAAGUCUUGAAGGAAGUCAAAGGAAGCCUGAUAUCUCUUCAGAAAUACGUAUCCGCAAUGGCUGGCAAAGUAGCAGUCUUAGCCACCCUCCUAUCAUUGAUAUUCUACGCGAAAACCACACGGGCAAGUGUUCCUGACAACUCACUCUCCAACACAACGUUAAUGUUAAUGGAAAGUUCCCAUGGACCAGCGGAGAACAUUCCAAUCAACUGGACUGCCUCUUGGGAAAGGCUCGGUGAUGCCGUUAGCCUGUUGUGUUUCCAAGACGCCUACUCGCUAUUCAACAACACGGUGGACUCCGAAACGUACGCUGGCAACGCGAUGAACAACACAGGUAGAGCUGAUGACCAAGAAGAAGGAUUGGUUGAUCAUGACAAUUUUUCGGAAUGCAACGUUGCAGCAAUGCAUCAGGCGAUGUACUGCACCGUGAGCUGGACAGAGAAACCAAAGGUGUCCAACUCCAGUGAUGCUCGCCGGCAAGGACUUUGCGCUCCUAUGUCGUGCAGUGAAAUGGAAGUAGCGCUUCUUGUAAAGACAGGCCUGCUUGGCAUCAAGCCAAACCCGUCAUGGACACCAAGAGAUGUAGACUGUGAGAGGAUUGAAGAUGAUGGGGGAAGCUGGGGAGCUAUGUCGAUCAUUCCAGGGAUAGCUGCCUUAUCCAUCGUCAUUGUUGGUACAAUGUACGAAUUCAUCGUCACUGUGUACUACACAGAGGAGAGGAAGAGAUCUUUGAUGGCUUCCAAAUGCGGUCGUUUCCUCGUGUGUUUCUCGGUGUACUCAAACACAAAGAAAGUGUUUAACACCCGCCAGUUGCCUGGUCAACUCUCAGAGCUCCACGGGAUCCGGGUCUUGAGCUGUCUAUGGAUCAUCCUCGGUCACGUGGAUUAUUACGCCAACUUUUUCAAUAUAGCCAACAGGCCCGAGUUCUAUGGUCGUUACCAAAAAUGGCCGUUCUUUGUCAUCGAUUCCUUCAAUAUGGGAGUAGACACCUUCCUCGUUGUCAGGUAUUGAUCAGCCAAGGCCUGCCAUUGAAUAUCAUU